AUGCUCACCAAUGUGUCAGGCAGGGGCCUGCACUGCAAAGUGAGUGCCCAACCAUCCACUGGCCUUCUCAAAGCUAAGCUCCUAAUUAAUGUCUUGGUGAUAAGACUUGGGGUGGAGUGUGCGGAUGAUGGGUUUGGGGGAAAGCAGAUGAUGGCUUCUCGGGACUACCGCCUGGUUGGCCUGUACUUUAGGAUAAUGCCUUUUCCGUUCCUGGACAUCUCCAUUAAAUGGACCACCCAGGAAACCUUUCCUCCAAAGUACCUUCACUAUGACCCAGAAACCUCGCGUCAGCUGAUGUGUGACAAAUGUCCUCCCGGCACCUUCCUAAAACAGCACUGUACGGCCAGGCAGAAGACCGUGUGUGCGCCUUGUCCCAACCACUACUACACAGACAAGUGGCACACCAGUGACGAGUGUCUGUACUGCACAACGGUGUGCAAGGAGCUGCAGUACGUCAAGCAGGAGUGCAGUCGCACCCACAACCGCGUGUGCGAGUGCGAGGAAGGGCGCUACCUCGAGGUUGAGUUCUGCCUGAAGCACAGAAGCUGCCCCCCCGGGUUUGGAGUGCUCCACGCUGGAACCCCGGAGCGAAAUACAGUUUGCAAGAGAUGUCCAGAUGGGUUCUUCUCGAAUGAGACGUCAUCUAAAGCACCCUGUAGAAAACACACAAACUGCAGUGCAUUUGGUCUCCUUCUAACUCAAAAAGGAAAUGCAACUCACGACAACGUGUGUUCUGGAAACAGUGAAUCGCCUCAAAAAUGUGGAAUAGAUGUCACCCUGUGCGAGGAGGCAUUCUUCAGGUUUGCUGUUCCUACAAAAUUCACCCCUAACUGGCUUAGCCUCCUGGUAGACAAUUUGCCUGGCACCAGGGUAAAUGCGGAGAGUGUGGAAAAGAUAAAGCGGCAAUACAGUUCACAAGAACAAACUUUCCAGCUACUGAAGUUAUGGAAACAUCAAAACAAAGAUCAAGAUAUGGUCAAGAAGAUCUUCCAAGAUAUUGACCUAUGUGAAAACAGCGUCCAGCGGCACCUCGGACACACAAACCUCACCUUCGAGCAGCUUCGCAGCUUGAUGGAAAGCUUGCCGGGGAAGAAAGUCACCACAGAAGACAUUGAGAAGACAGUGAAGACAUGCAAAUCAAGUGAGCAGAUUCUAAAGCUGCUCAGCCUGUGGAGAAUAAAAAAUGGCGACCAAGACACCCUGAAGGCCCUGAUGCACGCCCUGAAGCACUUGAAAACGUACCACUUCCCCAAAACGGUCACUCAGAGCCUGAAGAAGACCAUCAGGUUCCUUCACAGCUUCACCAUGUACAGAUUAUAUCAGAAGCUAUUUUUAGAAAUGAUAGGGAACCAGGUCCAAUCAGUAAAAAUAAGCUGCUUAUAA